AUGGCGUAUGUAUCCAAUGCGGUGAAACAACAACUGCGUGCCAGUCGCAGCAGUUACACGGCUGAAGCCGUGCACGCAGCGUACAAAAUGUUGCAAGAGUUUGAAGAGUCUUCUGAAGGGGACCCGUCACUGGAGCGGAAUGUAUCGAGUGAGUUGUACAUUCUCUGCACGGAGGCUGCCAUUGAGAAGAAGGAGUGGGCACUAGCAGGGGCUUGUUUGAAGAAGUACACAGGGAGGCGGGCUCAAACGAAGGCACUGGAGGCACGGGCUCUUUAUUGUGAUGCUCUCGUAGCUUUGAGUGGUGUGCCUCACUCGCUGCGUGGUAGGGCUAAACUGGCAGCGCACAUUCGUUGCGCGACGAAGAUUGUUUCAGGUAUAAAGAUUGUACUAGAGGAGUGGCCGAAGGAACCGGAGACCCUUAUCGCAGGUAUCGACUACCUCUGGCUGUCUAUUCAAGAUGUUUGCGGUCGAAUAAUAAGCAACAGCAUGUUGGAUAUUCUGGUGUUGGUUGUAACUUUGCAUGAAAAGCUUUCACUUGGAGGAAUUCAUACUCAGCUGCAGUGGAUUGUGCGUUAUGCCGUCUGCUUGCGGGCUACCGGAAGGGUUCAGGAUGCGCUCAAUCAGAUUGUGUCCGGUGCAGAACUUGUUGCAAAGACGGGUUCUGAGCGACUUCAAUUACAAUUUUACCGCAUUCAGGUUGCCUUCACAGCCAGUACAUCAUCAAACCGGACGAAGCAAGAUAAUACCAGACCUGUGUUUCAGGCACUUGCUGCUGUGUAUUCAUUUUUCUGUGGUGCAACAGAUGACUCAAGCGCUAAGCAGGAGCUCAUUCAGGCAACUGAAAAACUCCUCGGCGACCCCGAGAAGAAGGAAGUGAAACAAAAGGGCCGUAAGGCCGCUGAAGCAGAGGCGGCGUUCCGCGAUCCUGCGAUUAUCUCAGAUGUACUCAGUGAGGUUGCCCUUGCGUUAGCCAUGUGCGGUGCGGAUGACACGUGUAAUACAAUUUUACCAAAACUUCUGAAUGGCGAUAAUGCCCGCGCCCGAUUGUUCACUGAAUACGCCAAAGCCAUCAUGAGGGCUCGUGACUGUGGCUCGCUGGCCGCAAGCAAGGCGUUAGACGCUGGUUAUCUUACAAAGAAUAUGGCGGAAAAGCUGUUUGCAUGCAUCGGCCACGUCGAGGACGUGAUAGAUGCCGCUCGUACGUCUGUAGAUGUAUCGGAAAGCAUGUACGCAAUUGAGGUUGGUUGUGUGGUGCUGUGGAAUUUGUGUCUUCCGCUCUUGCAACCCCAAACUCGUGGGAGGUUGCGUCUCACAUUGAGUAGAAUAGUGAUGCUGCUAAGGUUGUGCAACAGCAGGCUAAACCGACUUUUUGUUCGUGCGGCAUAUGAAUCAGCAUUGGCGGAGUUUGAAGAGGAAAAUAUGAAUGCUACCAUUGAACAGAUUGACAAGGCUUUGGCAGUAGAGCAGUUGUCGGGAAGUGCGGACAAUACCUCCGCCUAUCCCAUGGAGUUUGCCCUUCUGUGGUUAAGGCGCCGUGCCGUGGUGCGGAAGGCACAUGAGGGCACUUCCUUUAUUUCGGAUGGGGAUCAUAUCGUUCAUCUUAUCGAGCAAGCUCGGCUAGCAUCGGCUAAUCGUGUCCCUCUUUUGCAGGCGGCGGCUGAUAGACUUCCUCCGAUUACUCGCACGGAAUCCGUAGCCGAGACGAGGACGAAGAACGUAUCGGUAAACGGGGAGAAAAAUAAAGGCGGAAAAAGUCGAAAACAAGACGUUGUACGCGAAACCGUUGAUGAACGGGUACCGUUUACAUUCGAAGAUUUUAGUACUCCUAAUGUUUACUACCUGUUACUCAAGGAGGCUUCGACGACUAAUGAUCCUGCGGUUGAUGAGAUUAUUAUUAAAGCUGCGGAGGGUCUCGCUCGGAUUGCUGUUCCAGAUAAUGGCUUCGCUAGAGACUUGCUCGCCAUGAAGGCUGAAGCUCAUUUGGUUAUGUCGGAGUUGCUGGAAAAGCGAGGACAAACAUCUCCCCGUGCCUUAGGUGAUGCCACCCAUGAAGAUGGUAUGUCUCACAUAUCCAAAGCAGCACAACUUGGUGCUAGGCUGAGCGCAGCAGGAUACGGUGGGGGGUGGAUUGUCCUUAACGCAUGCACUGCGUUGAUCAAUCAAAACACUGAAAUGUUCAAAAAGGGCUUGUUUCUUCCUGCUGCAGCAACCCUACGUGACCUUUCUCUUGCAUUGGGUCAAGUAAACGCUGAUCCCAUGGGUGAAUACAAACUAUUUGACAGUAUCGGCUUUGGAUACGUUAUGUCGCUUGUACAGACGUACAUCAGUGCGAAGGGAGAAGUUAAUGGUGAGCUUCACUGUGAGUCUUUGGCCGAAACAAUGCGCAAAACUUAUUUGUAUCCCAUAUGUGAGGCACAUAAUAGUGUACUCAAGCAGGCGGCGGAGGCCUGCCACCAAAUAAUGAGCAAAUGGUCACUACCAUCCCGGAGGAAGAAUUUCUCUCUUAUUCUUCCGUGCAUCAAUCGACUUCUUGAUAGAACCCACGAAACCUCUACUCACCCGCAAGAGCAGUUGCUCUUUUUGUUGGGUCGCUUGAAUGGACCUAUUGAACUCGACGAGAGACGGCAUUUGGUUAACACGGAAUGCUUAGAUAUGCUUAGAGCCGACCCAUCAGUAGAGUUGUGUGCUCGAUUGGCAUCUCACAGCGUGCAAAUACCCCAAAAUGAAAGAGUAACGCUCGAAAUCUGCCGUACCGCCGAUCGGUUGUACCAUGAAGGCAAACUUGGGUGGGGCACCAAAUCUCUUAUAACUGUGAAUUCAGGUAGGGAUAAAUCUUUAGCAAGCACCGUUGUUUCGACUCAGCAACCGUCCCCAUCAGUCAUGUAUUUAGGUAACUUAAAGGGCUCCGUCGUGGCCAAUUCGAAUGGUGGGAUGCAACCGAAGCCAAGUGACAUGGAUUGGUAUUGGUACGCAGACAUUUUACUUCAUGAGGCCACGCUUUUCUUGCAUCUCGGGGUUGGAGCCGACAGGACGCAUCGUCUUGAGUUUGAGAAAAGGGUUCUUGUGGCCAUAACAAACAGCGCGGUGGCGGCAUCCCGCUCCAUACCAGAAGCGCAAAUUACCCAAAUAACAAAGGCUUAUCGCGCUUUGUGCCGCGUUGCCACAUCCAUUUCUCGGGCUUCUUAUCGAGUGCUGCAGUCGGGGCUUCGAAUUCUCCUUUCUCCACCUAUCUUGAGGAUAGUUAAUAAAUUUUUACGGUCGCGGACCAAUGGCAGGUGUGACGCUGAAUUCGAUGACUUAUGCACACUGACCAGCACACUAGGCGGCUAUCUUUUUACAAGCCUGCUGGAGGACGAAAAUUAUGACGAGGGGAUAAAACAAAUGCAUGAGCUUCUGCGCGUGCUUCCGUCAAGAUAUCAUGGAUCCUUGUGUGCAUACGAGGCGCAACUCCGUACGAAGUUGAGGCUUUCGACAUCAGAGUUGCAUGAGAAAGCUAGAACUGUGGACGCAGAGGUGGAGGCAGCGGUGUGCGUUGCCGUUGCGAAGAACGCGCAUGAUAUCUCCGAGGGCAUGAGAGCAUGGAAUCAGGCAUUGAAGAUAUUGGAAGGUAAACCCGUUCAAAGAGCCGAUUUGGUUCUCAGCAUGGCGGAAUGGCUUGCAGGACGCAAUGCCGUUACGAAAAGCGAACUUAUAUCACUGCUUAUGAAUGGACUAAGCGACCUGGAACGCGUGGAUAGUAUGCUACUCAGUGCGUGGUUAAAUAAAAGUGCUGGUCGGCGCAAUACAGAUGUUUCACCUGCCCUCCGUCACGCUCUCACAGGCACGAUGGUGGGGCGGACAUUUGCCAUUGCUCAGAGUCUCACCUGCACAAACGUUGUUCCGGUCGAUAAGCAAAAAGACUUACCGUCCCUGCUGGAGACUUUGACGGCUCUGCGCCUUCUCUACUUCUUGUUUGUAGUGGCUCCGAUCACGCCAUGCGCUAGUAGGCCGUUUGUCUACAAGCGGUGUUGUGCAUCGACCCUUCUCUAUUAUGUCUUAUCGUGCUGGAAAGUUGUUGCAGUUCUCCUGCAGAUUCACAGAGGAGAGGAUAUCAGAGGCGUAAAAGUGGACCCGUUGCACCUUCCGGAGACAUUGUACGAAUGGCGGGGGUUUCAUGCCAAUCCUCAACAUGCGAUUAUCAUACGUGAUCUGUGCAAAGACGGUCUCGCCUUGAACACGCAUAGACUGUGGGGGAUGUUGUUAGAUGUUUGUGAUUACCUCCUUGAAGAUGGGAUGGAGCUGUAUGUGUUUCUCAUUUUGAGCUGGGUCGAGUUCUGCAUAUACUGGCGAUAUGAUGAGUCUGAUCCUCGCGGGAGGGCUGCCGUGCGAGCUGUUCGUCUAAAGGGAUUCAUAUCAGCUGCACGAUGUGGAUGGGCUGAGGUGUGUGAUGCGUAUAACGUAGAACCGCCGGAUGCGGAAUGCUGGUCGAGCGUUAAUGAGGUGCUUUUAUCCACGGAGACUCCUGCACUGUCAGUACCGUGGCCGUCCUCUGGACCACUAGAUUUCAGCAACUUUGUUGGGAGUACACAUCGGUUUAUUCUGAGUGAAGCCGAGGACCUUUUUACCCUUGGUCGCGUGCAAGAAGCUUUACUGUGGAAGGCAAAGGUAAAACAGUGUGCUUCUCGGACGGGAGAUAGAGGUGCGUUGGCACGGUGUCAUCUGCUGGAGGCUCGUGCUAGUAUUCUUCGGGGUCGAUGGGACCCCCCUACAAGUGAGGAAGCGAGUGCGGAGGACAGUACUGAAGAAGAGACAAAAACUGAAGAUAUGGGUGAUGGCGAAGGAACGGGGCUUCCCACUUCACUCACGGUUGCUGCGUGGACGGAACUGCAAUUGGUGCAUAUCGACGGUUUCCUGUCUUGUGAUAAGGUCGCCGAGGCCGUAGCUUUCGUACGCCAGCUUUUGACGCGGUUGCUGUGGCGCCUUGAAGAAGUUGGUGAAGGUGACAUCGAGAAGGACACAACCGAAAUGUGCCAUAAGGUUCUUCUACAGAGGUGCGCCCCUCGGUUUGUUGCAUUUCUUCGUCGGCCCUUUGACACACUAUUUCCUGGAGGGCCCCGAGAGGGUGAUGUGAAGGGAUUGCUUGAUGAAGUUUGCUCGCAGCUGGACCAAUACGCGGAUUGGAAGAGUCGACUGGUGUCGCUUCGGGUGCGUCAGAUUUUGCGGCCGUGCGUGGAUGACGUGCUGGCAACUGGGAAGGGGGGUGUGGACAAAGCGUUACCCGAGCGAUUGUUCAAUGAGUACUCUGAGAUCCUUAAAGUGGCAGACAUGUUACAGAGCGAGGUCAACGCUGUCGUUCCAGUCUUAGCUCUGGGGGGUGACGUUACCACGUGUCCUUCCGCGGCAGCGGCGUACGAUGAGGUUUUAGUAAUGUGUGCACGCAACUGCUUGGAACGGAAGUUGCUGAAGAACUUUAUAUCACAACGUUUCAGCGCGCUGUCGGUCGCGGACCUGGGCAUUCCCACUGGGGGACCGGUGGAGUUGGAGGGCUAUGUUGCCAGUUACAUGCGUGACCCCGCUCUCUACGAGCAGAGUAGGAUGCUUAACGAUAGCGCUAAUGCGGCUUUACCCUCACAGGAGGGGAUUUGUGGUCAUGAUAAUGAGGUUGCGAGUUCUCUAAGUCACUUCGGCAUUCCACUUAACUAUAUGGUCAACACUUCUACGCCACACAUUGAAGCCUUGCUCUAUCGUGCGAUGGGUGGUGUUGGCACCGUAUCUUCUGUUCAAAUGGAAGCCAGCAUCAUCGCUGCACUAAGUGAGUUUAGCCGGAGGCUUACGGCGGCUACCAGAGCGAUGGAAAGUCCUGAGGCUUCAGUAAACACUACUUUCAGUGGGGACGUAAAUGAACGCGAGAACGCAUUUCUAACGGCACAGUGGUCAAAAAUCACGAUUUCUGUACCACACCCAUCAGUUCCUCGGAGGAUGUCGGUAGCGGAACGCCGCGCUGCGAAACUCGCUAGUAUUCAUGUUGAAGAUCCAAAUCGCCUUGCUGCGAACGCAUGGAUAGAAAUUAAUAGUAACUUGCAGAUGCUUCUGCUCGCAGCUGUUCGGCAAGCGAGACACAUGUUUGAGUACAAACAAAUGGCGAAAUGUUACAUUUAUUUGGCUCACAAUUUUAUGUUGUCUGGUAACUUUAACGCUGCUGGGACGGCCAUCGAGUACGCGGAAACGGCGGCUAUGUACGGUUUUGUGAGCGAUCUUGUCACUUCUUUGACUCACACCACACCUGAGGCUGAACUUAUUCGUUUGGUAAACAAGACAAAGAUGGAUGCGCCCUACCUGGUCAACACCAAAGCUUUUGAUUCCCUGCGGAACAAUCUCAUGGAGAUUUCUAGCAUGUGGAGGCGUUUUGACCUUGUGGGAGCAUGGCCGGCGGAGCCUAAUAAGGCUGACCCUCUGCUGUCGGACAUAUGCACCCUCAGUGCUGUGCGCGAGGGAACCACAUCGUACUUCCUAGUGGCUUUUCGAAGACAGGACGGUGAGGUGUGUUCCCGACGGGCGGAGUUGGACAUGGGGGCUCUCCGUGAGUGUACAUCUCAGAUUGAGGAACUUAAGCGUCUCAAGAAAGUAGAAGUAGCCGCCGGACCUUCUGCCGGUGAGCGGUCUCCUGAUGCGAAGUGGGGGUCGGUUUUUCACUCGUACCUCGAGAAGGUGAGGACAGUGGUAUUUCCUUUGCUUGGGGACUUCAGUGAUUUAUUCUCAUCUCAACGAGCGGCAUCAUGCAGCCUAUAUCUCUGCCUGGAUCCCAUCCUUCAGCCACUUCCCUUCGAGCAGCUUCCUGAGCUUUCGUCUUUUAUGGCCGUUCACAGAGAGUUAUCAGUUUUAAACUUACGGCAGAAGACGGCGUUGCGUACAGGGAAGCCUCAAUCAAACGGAGUGGCCUAUAUUAUUGAUCCGUUUGGCGAGAACGAGGAAGCGCUGCAGUAUAUCUUUGGUGGAGGACGAACGAAAACGUCUAACGCUGAAAUCGUUACCUUCGUCAAGGAUGGGCAGGGCUCUUCAAGCAGGCCAUCUCUAGCCUAUGUGCAUCGUAUUUUUGCUAACAAGGCUUAUGCCAAUGUUUUGGUGAGUGCAUGUGGGUCCUUCUCUGACAUUAUCAAGCCCUCCGUCAUUGCCGAGCUCUCUCUAGAUCAUCUUCAAACAGUACUCAUAGCCAUGGCCACCAAUGACGCGUCAUACUGUCGUGAGCAAGGGUGUGACACGUGCAGGGCUUACAUGGACUUUUUUUACGAGAAGAAUUACGUUGUUUCGAUCCUCCUCCUCGCGCGUGGAGUACAUCACGUAUUGAGCAAUAUCUUUACCCUUACAGCGAGUGAAUGUAAUGUGUUUAGCAAGAGGUGUUUGUCUUUUGUUGGUGGAGGCGGCGGAAAGGCACUUGCGGAGGCUGUCAAGGGCUCGAACGGAGACGCGGCGGGCCCCAGUACCCAAUUGCAUAUUUCAUAUGGUGUGAUCCAUCAUAAUGUGAAGGCAAAGUAA